AUGGAAGCAUAUUCUAGUUCUUUUUCAUCAUCCAGCUCUUCACACUUGACCCAAAACCGUGAUGAAUCGAAGGGGCUGAAGCAAAUGUACCCUCUUCAGUCUCACAAAACCUGGCUCCAUUCCGUCAGGAAGUCAUCGGCAAAGCCGUGGAAGAAGGCACCAGUGGCACCGAUGCCACCAACACCAGUGAAAGUGUACCAAGUAGACGCUAUAAACUUCCGAGACGUGGUUCAGCAGCUCACAGGUGCACCCGAUCACAAGCCCCAGCCAAAUAUCGUCGCACGUUCUGUCACUUCCUUUGGUGUUCCUAAUGUGCCCCCACAACAGAAUGAGCCAAGCGGAGACACGUGCACUAAAUGGUACCAGGACUUGGACUUUGGAAUGAAUUUGCUCUCACCAAUUCUUUUAGUAAUUUCUGUUUCUUUCCUCUGA